UGGACACUCUUUAUCUCAUUACCAUUUUGACCCAUUUUCACUCAAGCACACAUACAGAGACGACUGAAGCGGCGCCGCUCUCAAGAUACGCCGUCUCCACCGCAUUUCCCGCAGAAGGUGAAAGAUGAAAACUGGUGAUAAUUCAUAAAUGGGGGAAGAUUUCUUCAAAUAUCUACCGUCAACAAUCAUAAUAAAUAUCCUCUCAAGACUCUCCACUCGAGCAGUUAUGGACUGCAAGUGUGUUUGUAAGCCAUGGCUCGGUCUGCUCACUACUCCUGAGUUUGUGAAUUCACAUAUGUCUAGAUCAGUCCCGGGCAUUGUUGUUGAAUCAUGCUCACCACACUCGUGCAAAACCAUUGAAUUUGUGGAUGAGCUUGACCUCAACUUUGAUAAGAAGCAUAGUUCGGAAGCAAUCUUCAACUUCGAUGAGAAGCAUCGUUGGGAAGUUACCUUCAACUUCAGAUUCCCUUUUGAUGGAUAUAUUAUUAGUUCAGCUAAUGGUUUGAUCUUUCUAAGAGACUUUGGAUUUGAUCAUGAUGAUUUUAUCCGGUGGAAUCCAAUCACACGUGACUCUAUCAAGCUCCCUUGUCCUAGACAAACCUCACCAAAAGUUCGGAAUGCCUUGGAUAAUUUCGGAUUUGGAGUGAGCGGAACUACUGGACAAUGUAAGGUGGUUAGGAUUUUCGCUGAAACACCACGACGACGAGAGGGUUUCGAAAAUGCUUGCCAAGUAUACACAGUUGGAACUGGAACUUGGAGAAAUGUUCCCUUUGGUAAGCCGCUCAGGUUUUGUGACGACACUAGAGGGGUACAUUUAAAUGGAAAUCUUUAUUGGAUGGUAGCGAAAAGAACAAAAGGCUUUUGUAGAUGGAUUUCUUGCUUUGAUCUUGAAACAGAACUUUUUAGCACCUUCGCUGCACCUCCUCCUCAUGGUAGAGAUAUUCUCUUUGGUAGGUCACUCUGUGUUUUGAGGGAUUGCCUUUGUGUAAACGACAUUUCACACUAUGGGUGCGACCUUUCAGACAAAGACGAAGGGUGUGACCUUUCAGACGAAGACGAAGGGUGCGACCUUCCAAUGAAGGGUGCGUUAUAGUCUGGUUGAUGAAGGAAGAUGACCACAGUUGGACAAAGAUAUUUAUCAUCCCCGAAGUUGAACGACUUGCUGGUAUAGGUCAUAUUUGGCCGAUUAUAUUUUUGAAAAUGGUGACGCUUUGAUGGAAUGGGAUGAUGGCAUGAUAUUCUACUACUCCAACAUGAUAGAAAAUGUGUACUACGAGAUCAAGUCUAUAGAGGGUCAUGAUCCCUCUACGAUCAUGUAUGCCUCAAGCUUUAUCUCUCUCAAGAGUUUUGCGAUGGAGAAUGUAAGCUCACUAGCUCAUUUUGAGUUGUGACUGUGUAGUUUCUUUCAUGUCUGAUGGUGAAAUGCUUGAAUGCUGAGGAACAUUAGAGAUUGAACCUCUUUUGCUAA